AUGGCUCACAGAAUUUUGGUUCAGGUUAUAUUUACAGGUGCCCGUGUUUUUGGAAGGGCUUUCACGGAGGCCUACAAGCAGGCAGCUACACAAAUGGCGAAGCAAGGUGCAAGUACAACAGCAAGAUCACAAACAGGCACUUCCAAUAUUGAAUAUGGUGGAAUCACCCUGGAUGAGAGUUGUAAGAUUUUAAACAUUGAAAAUGAGGAAAAAAGUAUGAGUUUAGAAAAGAUAGAACAAAGAUUCAAGUACCUUUUUGAUGUCAAUGACCAAGACAAAGGCGGGUCCUUCUACCUACAAAGCAAAAUUUACAGAGCUGCCGAACGUUUAAAGUGGGAAUUAGCGGAACAAGAUAAAGCCCAUGGAAAGCAGGAGGCUGGGCCGCAGUAA